UGUGAGUGAAAACCCUAGAAGUAUGCGUCACUAUAUAUGUCACCGGAAACCCUAAAACCAUAAAUCCAGAUUUCUCUUCAAGCCGUCAACAAUGUCGAAGCGAGGGCGUGGAGGUACCUCUGGUAACAAAUUCAGGAUGUCACUGGGUCUUCCCGUGGCUGCGACGGUCAACUGUGCCGACAACACCGGUGCAAAGAACCUUUACAUCAUUUCCGUGAAGGGUAUCAAAGGUCGUCUGAACCGAUUGCCUUCUGCUUGCGUCGGCGACAUGGUGAUGGCCACCGUCAAAAAGGGUAAGCCCGAUCUCCGGAAAAAGGUGCUUCCUGCCGUCAUCGUUAGGCAACGCAAACCAUGGCGCCGAAAGGAUGGUGUUUUCAUGUACUUCGAAGAUAAUGCUGGAGUCAUCGUCAAUCCCAAGGGAGAAAUGAAAGGUUCUGCAAUCACUGGUCCUAUUGGGAAAGAAUGUGCUGAUCUUUGGCCAAGGAUUGCUAGUGCUGCCAAUGCUAUUGUCUAAACAUCAGAUUAGUCAAUUGCUUGCAUUUGAUGAUGAUCUGUCUAGAUACAAACUUGAGAAUUUUUGUAGCAAAAUAUUUUUAUUUUCUGACAAUAUGUAUCGACAUUCAAAUGUUUGGUUAUUUAGACAUUUUUCCCAACA